AUUUGAUUCUCUGGAAGCUUUCAAAAAUACUGCAAAAUUAGCUAUAAGUAUGAAGGGUUUGCAUUUUCAAAAAAAAAUAGCAACUUUAUUGGGUGUAAAGGAAAACUGCUCUUUGUUAUUUUGCAAUGCACAAAAGGUGAAGAGUGGUGAAAUUGUUGAAUUAUAG